CACCUCCCGAUGCUCGCCCUCUCGCCCAUCAUCCACCCCCGCAUCAAAGAGUUCCGAUCGGGCCUGGGCAGCGCACGCAAAGACGUGCCUCCCUCCCCGCUGUCGCUCCACGACAGGUACAGCUCUCCGGCGGCAGGCAGCGCCAAGCGGCGUCUCUUCGGCGAUGAUUGUCCGGCGCCGCUGACUGCGACCUUGAGCCCGAUGUCGUCGCCCGCCAAACGCCUGACGUUCACCUCCAGCAGCACCCUGAGGAUCGGAGGUCAGGGCGGGGGGGUGCUCAGCAUCCCUCUGCAAGGUAGGAAACAAGAUCAAAGAUUCAAACGUU